AUGGGGGAUAAUUCAAACCUGGAGUGUCUGUCUGAUUUUUCUACGGGCUCUGAUACCAUCGUCAAAAGAAACCAACAAUUAUGGGAUGCAUUAAACACACAGAGGGAUCAGAUAGUUUGUCUAUGCACAUCAAUUAUACAAGUGAUAGUAACAAGUGUUAAACAACUUCAGGACGAUCAUGAUCCAAAGAAGAUAUUGGACAAAGAAAAUUUGAGAAAAACUGAACAUGAUUUCAAUGUGUUUGUUCGUCUACUUACCGAUGGACUUAAAAAAUUGAGAGAAUUUUCAGUGAAAUGUCGGGAGGUUAAAGUCAAAACAUGCAACCAAUCUGAAUCCGACUAUACUGAAAAAGGAUCCACGUCAACAAAUGAAGAUUCAAAACAGAACCUAGUACAAACAGAAGAGCUAUUAAGGAACGACCAAGAUGAAGACUCAGAGGUCGUCUAUAAGAAUGGAUAUGAAAAAUUUCCGUUUCCAAUUGACUUGGACCUUCUGGAUAUAGGGGAUGAUGUCCUUGGGAGAGGCCAUUUUAGUGAAGUGAGAAAGGGCAGUCUUCAAUUUGCUUCUAGAGAGACGUCUGCACAGGUGGUGGCUGUUAAGGUUCUGAAUAGUAAUAAUACUGAGAGACAGUUUAGAAAUGAGACUGGAAUCAUGAGAGAACUUGAACACUUAAACAUCAUUGCUUUUAUUGGAGUUAAUAAAAAAAUGAUUGUAAUGGAGUAUGCAGACAUGGGUUCUCUGCAAAAAUACUUAUGUACCAGAAGACGACAAAAACAGCCACUUCAUCUUUGUAGAAUGAUACAGAUUUGCAUGGAUGUAGCAGCGGGAAUGAAGUACUUAGCAGAUUUAAGAAUUAUACACGGGGAUAUAGCAGCUAGAAAUAUUUUACUAAACUCAGAUUUUCAAGCAAAGAUAACAGACUUUGGACUUUCAAGACGUUUGGACAAAGGAUCAUGUUUUGUCAAAAAAUUAGCUGGCGAAAUAUCACCUAUUUGGUGGUAA